AUGUGGAUAUCGAAUCAAUGUAAAAUAACAGGAGUUCAUGCUUGGAAGGACAAUCUUUAUGCUAUUUCAAACUCGGACAAAACCUACUGGAUUGUAGAUCUCGCUCCACAAACCACUAUAUAUGAAGAUCACAUCUCUGCAUCACAAACUAAUUUACCAAUUCAGUCAUUCAAAACAGCACAACCAAAAUCCAAUCAAUGUUCACAAAAUACUCACAAGCGACUUCGAUUGACACAGGAUUCUAUUGCAUCGCCAACAUAUCCCAUCGUUAACAGGCUAGAAACAAAUUUCAAAUACCAGCUAAAACUCCAGAAAGGAUGGGCGAUAUUCUCGACUUAUAACAGCGAAAUGCAGCCAAUGCUCCCAAAUAAUGCAAAACUAGAUCCCUUAUUAUUGGCAGCUCUCUUUGGAUCUGACAAUUUAGGAAUAUUAAUUGCAGAUAUAUCUGGUCGAAUCUACUCGGUAGGUCUUGGUGAAACAGCUCGUGUUUCAGCAAAAGGGCUAGUAUACGAUCUACAGAGUCCAAUUGUUGGUAUGCUUGCAAUUGCAUUUUCACAAGAUCAAUCGGAAGAGUUUACACCAAAGCAUUUGACUCGCGCCAACACGGUGAUCAUUGUUGGACGGAAUUCUAUUGCUAUCAUUGAUCUAGAUCUGGUAACAUUAUCUCGACGUGUUCGACAGAUAUUCGCAACUUCUGUUACUAUUCAUUCUGCUGUCGGGAUGCACGAGGGCCUGGUAGUUUCUGUAGAUGAUGGAUCCCUAGCAUGCAUCACUUGGAAAACGUUGUAUUUAAAAUGUCAUAAGCAGCAAUUUGAUUUAGACAAAUCCGAUAUAGGAAACGGAUGGUUUAAGCUCACUUUGGAUCAAAACCGUAACCAGAUUAUUGCUUUAAAUAGCGAUGGCCGAUGCGCAGAAAUUGCUUGGAAUUGCUUGCAGACAUCUUUGUAUGAAAGUUUUGAAAGUCAUAUUGAGAGACUGUUGAGAGAUUUUGAACCUUUAAGCGCAACCCAAAAUCAAUUGACUAUUCAAUCACAAGACCUGACAAGAAAACUCAAGGGAUUGGACAAACCGCGCACAAUUUUUGAGCAUUUUCGCAAGAUUACUUUGGAUCGCACAAAAGAAUCAGAUCCACCCAUUUUCAAGUGCUUGGUAGUUCCAGUCAUAUCUGCUGGUCGUGCAUGCGUGCAAGUUGAAAUCCGAGUCGUCAAGUCAAUACAUUUAAAUCAUGGCUGGAAUGUCAAUAUCGUGUUUUGUGUUGAAUCCGAGAUUGCUUCCAAGUAUAAUAUAGUAUUGCCCAUGUCAUCUGUUUUGAUCCCAGUUGGCAUGUUUCUUUUAGAGAACCCGUGGACAAUGGUUGCCGAGCUCCCUGCAACUGUAUUCCCUUUGGCAGUAUCAGUCAAUAUAUCGUAUACUGACCCCAACGUGGACAUAGGAGAGGAACCAUUAUACGCAUCAUUAUGUCUUGAUGAAACGCAAUUGGAUAUUUUUUCGUUUGCAAUACAUGCAGAUCAUCCUCCAACUGGAUUUAUUUCGUUCCAUUCUGGUGAUGCCAUUUCCUCAAACGCAUCAUGCUACAACUCUUUAUCUAAGCGCGUUGAACAGGCUGAUAUGCAACCGUAUAGAUUGUGA